AAAAUAAAUGGCGGCGUCCGUAAGAGUUACUGCCGUGAGGCAUCUCCGCAGGUUUCGAUUGCCGGUUUCGAGCCUUAGCGACGCAGCGCGUACGUUGGCUGUUGGUUAUCCUGACCAUCGCGGAGCUAGCCAUGGGUGUUCGCUCUGCGGAUCGCGUUUAUUCAGCACUUCUCACUGGCGAUGGGCGAGGAAGAUGGAGAAACCGUUUGUUCCAUCGAAAACAAAGCCCAAGAGUCCUGUCGUCAAGGUCUGGAAGAAUAUCACUCUUGCAGAACUUGCCAAAGUAGUAGAACACCCGAUAGAUGACAUCUAUGAAGCUAUCUUGCUGGUUGAGAACGCCAGCCAGUAUGACCAUGACGACUGUGCGAUCGAUGAUAUCGAUAUUCUCUUCCUGAUCCUCAAGAAACUCGGCCUUCGGUCAAUCGUGGCUCCUCCUGAACAGCAAUCGCCAAAGAAGGAGUUUCAGGAUGCAGUCAGAAGGCCGCCUCCCGAUCCCAGUGUGCUCGUCCCACGAGCACCAGUCAUCACAAUCAUGGGACAUGUUGACCAUGGGAAGACCACGCUCUUAGACUCGCUUCGCAAUACCAACGUAGUUGACCAGGAGUUUGGUGGCAUCACGCAACACAUUGGUGCUUUCACUGUGAAGCUUCCUGGCAAAGACCGCAUCACAUUCCUGGACACGCCCGGGCAUGCAGCUUUUUCGGCAAUGCGCGAAAGGGGAGCCAUGGCUACGGAUAUCGUCGUCUUGGUUGUUGCAGCAGAUGACGGAGUCAUGGAGCAAACUGUUGAAUCCAUUAGAUAUGCGCGUGAGGCCAAUGUGCCAAUAAUAGUUGCUAUAAACAAGAUGGACAAGCCUACAGCUGACAUUGAAAACGCCAAAAGGGGCCUAAUGGUUCAUGGAAUACAGAUGGACGACGAAGGUGGGGACACGCAGUACGUCUGCAUCUCGGCACUGAAGGGCACUAACUUGGACAAGCUGACAGAAACUAUUCUGACGCAAGCUGAGCUGAUGGAGAUCAAAGCAGACCCCAAGGGCCCCGUUGAAGGUGUCGUCAUCGAAUCGAUGACCGACCGACACAGAGGGAAGCUGUCCACGGCUCUUGUGCAGCGUGGCACAUUAAGGAAAGGAGCAUACCUAGUCGCUGGGCUGGCGUGGGCAAAGGUUCGUGGAAUGUUUGACGAGUGGGGGAAGCCGGUACAGAGUGCACCGCCCGGAACACCAGUUCAAGUGAUCGGCUGGCGGUCACUUCCGUCAGCUGGCGACGUCAUCAUUGAAGUCGAAUCGGAGAAACGUGCGCAGCAGGUCGCCCACUGGCGCGAGUCCCAGAUGCAAGCAGACAAGGACAUUGAAGAGUACAAAGCUAUUCCAAAGGUGCAACGGCACUUGGAGCAGUACAAGGCUGAACUCGAGCAACGGCGUGCCAUGGGCAUCCGGAAAAAGAGAAAGCGCCUCACCAACCGCGAGAAGGAGUACACCGUCGACGACACUCCCUGUCUGCCCAUAGUCGUCAAAGGUGAUGUUGACGGUUCUGUGGAAGCUGUCCUGGAUCUCUUGGAUACUUACCACUCGCAUCAGAAAUGCCGUCUGGACAUCAUUCACUACGGAGUGGGACCAGUCUCGGAGUCUGACGUUGAGUUGGCACAACCAUUCAAUGGCAUAGUCUACGCCUUUCACGUUCCAGUCCUGGGUGCAGCGGCAUCGGCAGCAGAGGAGGGAAAUGUCCACAUUCGAAGUUACAAUGUCAUCUACCAUCUCGUCGAUGACAUCAAGAAAGAACUCGGAAAGCGGCUGCCCCUCCUCGACGUGGAUGAGGUUCACGGGGAAGCUGUUGUGCAGCAGGAGUUUCUGGUCAGUGAAGGACGGAAGAAGAUUCCUGUAGCGGGGUGCAAGUGCACGAAAGGAACACUGCGCAAGAACGCACUUUACAAGUUGGUGCGAAACUCUGAAGUAAUUCACAGUGGUCCGCUAGUGUCCAUGAGGCAUCUCAAGAACGAAGUCGAAUCUAUAAAGAAGGAUGUCGAGUGUGGACUCAUGUUUCAGGACGCCAACGUCCGGUUUCAGCACGGUGACGUUCUUGUGUGCUACAGCAUCAAGCAGGUGCCGCAAGAGACAGACUGGGACCCUGGUUUCUGAUCUACACUGUGUUUGCGUGCUUUUAGGAACUACAUAUAAACACAGGGCUAAAUACGUGUUAUGUGUUAAACAGGUUUAUCUCGAAGCGAUGAAGAGUAAGGCAGCCUAAAAAAGAUUUCAGCAGAGCGCUUCAAAAGCAAGGUGGGCUAAGGUAUGCAAACAUCAGUACUAUUGAACUAAACAACUUCAAAAUUUGCUAACAUUUUUAUCAAUGCUGUCAUGUCUGGGACUCAAGUCCAUUCAAGAGCAUUGAAAAAGUUUCUAUACUUGAGUUGUUGACGAAUGGCAAAUUAUAAACGUGAAAGUGUGAAACACAACUAAAAUGAAUGAUUGUAGAGUUAUUCUCGUUCUGGAAAUCUGCAAACACAACUUAGCUUUCCUGUACAGUAGCUGAAUUAAAGCGACGCGUCGAAUGAAGUGGCUCGUUGCAGUUGUACAAUAAAAUGUCUGUUAAAAGAGAAAAGAAUAAAACAUUUAUGUCACCA